ACGAAACCAAGUUACUAGAAACUAUUGUUCCCCUUUCUUUGACACGCCCAUGUGAUCAAAUGACAAUUUAACUACACCCAUCUUCCUUGUUCAACCGGAAAAUCAACCAUAUUAAAUAAAUUACCCGCCUGAAUCAGACAUUUGCAAAGACUUGGAAGUGAACAGCAACAGCAUCAAAAAGCAGCCAUGCAGACGUAUAAAAGACCGCGGAGCUCCUUAGACCCCUCAGAAGAACCAAGUGGCGCUAUGUGUGGGAGGCACAACAGCACCCUGAAUCGUUACUGCUGCACUGAUGAGCGGAUCAUAUGUGGAGUGUGUGCUUUGACUGAGCACGCUGGACACACCGUCGGGUCUGUAAAGGAUGAAAGGAGGAGCAACCAGGCAGAACUGAAGAACAUACAAGGAAAGAUGUGGCAGAUAAUCCAGGAACAAGAAAAGAAAUGCAAGGACAUGGGGAAGGUCCUUGAAGUGCUUGAGAAUGAGGCAAAUGUGACAAAGGACUACUGUGAGUGCGUCUUGGUCAGUGUUAUUGACUCUCUCCAGAGACAUUAUCUAAAAGUGAGGGAAAUGAUAGACGCUCAAGAAGAGGCGGCUGUCGCUGAAGUUCGUACAUCCUUACAAACUCUGCAGGGGAGGAUGGAAGAAAUGAAGACGAGGAAUUCUGAGCUAGAUCAUCUGGAGCAGAGUGAUGAUGUCAGUUUCUUGCAGAAAUGGCCCUCUUUGAAACGCCUCUGUAAGAAAGACCAUUUUGACUCUUUCGAGAAUGUUACAGAAGAUCCACUCCUCCCAUUUAAGACUACUAAACGAGUGAUUGAAGAACUGGGGAGGCAACUGAAAGAAUUGUGUGACAUAGAAUUUGCCUCGAUCACUCAGACUGUUGACAGAAGAGAGCUGCAAGAAUCUGAUGUAGAAGAGUCAGAUGAGGACUCCAUACAGCAAAGAUCUGAAACCAACACCUCCAAGUGCAGUGGUUUGCUUGAAAAUAACAUGGUGACUGAUCUGGAUGUUGAACCCAAAACGAGAGCAGAUUUCCUGAAGUAUGCAUGUAGCCUAAGCUUGGACCCCAACACAGCUCAUGAUGACCUGGUAAUUUCCACUGGAGACAAAAAAGUUAAGCGGACUAAUCAGCAAAAUAGGGUUCCAGCCAUUCGUCACCCGGAGCAGUUUCUCCACCGCCGGCAGGUGCUGUGUAGGGAGCACCUGCAGGCUGAGCGCUGCUACUAUGAGGUCGAGAUUGAAGGAGACAAGGUGGAGAUUGCUCUUGUAUACAAACAAAUAAACAGGAAAUCAGUAACGAGUCGGUCAGCUUUUGGGGCGAAUGAUAAGUCCUGGAGUCUUGAUCGCUCAAUAAACUACUCUGUGAGCCACAAAGGCAAAAGCGUCCAGCUCAAAACAGAACCCACUCAAAAGAGGAUCGGAGUUUAUUUAAAGUUCAAAGAGGGAACUCUGUCAUUCUACGAGGUGUCAGAAACCAUGAAGUAUCUGUAUAAGAUGGACGCUAAAUUCACGGAGCCGCUUUAUCCAGGCUUCUGGCUCGGAGAUGGGUGCUGCAUAACAAUCUGUGAUUUGCAGUGAUGGACAGUAACAAAGUAAAUUUACUUGAGUACCGUACAUUUUUGGAGCAUCUGUACUUUACUUGAGUAUUAUUUUUUGGGGGAACUUAUUACU